AAUGAUCAGUGGCUGGUCAUCGACAGAAAGGUGUACAAUAUCACUCAGUGGGCCAAAAGGCAUCCAGGAGGGUUUCGGGUUAUCAGCCACUAUGCUGGAGAGGAUGCCACAGAGCCGUUUUCUGCUUUUCACCCUGAUCCAAAGUUUGUGCAAAGGUUUCUGAAGCCUCUGCAGAUUGGAGAGCUGGCAUCAACAGAGCCCAGCCAUGAUGGGGGAAAAAAAGCUGCGAUCGUACAGGAAUUUGCUGCUUUACGUGUUCAGGCAGAGAAAGACGGUCUGUUUCGAUCUCAGCCUCUGCUCUUCUGCCUCCAUGUGGGUCACAUCUUGCUGCUGGAGGCGCUUGCCUGGCUGGUGGUCUUGCACUGGGGAACAAGCUGGAGCCUGACAUUUUUAUGUGCAGUCCUGCUGGCAACUGCUCAGUCACAGGCCGGGUGGCUCCAACACGACUUUGGCCACCUGUCUGUCUGUAAGACAUCCCGCUGGAAUCACUUGGUGCAGAAGUUUGUCAUUGGUAGUUUAAAGGGCGCUUCUGCCAACUGGUGGAAUCAACGACAUUUCCAGCAUCAUGCUAAACCCAACAUCUUCCGUAAGGACCCUGAUAUCAGCCUGUUGGACAUGUUUGUACUUGGAACCACUCAACCGGUAGAGUAUGGCAUUAAAAAGAUCAAACGUUUUCCCUAUAAUCGCCAACACCAGUACUUCUUUCUUGUGGCGCCACCGCUGCUCAUUCCAGUUUUUUACAACUAUCAUAUAAUGCACACCAUGAUCACCCGCCGUGACUGGGUGGAUAUGGCUUGGGCCUUGACAUUCUAUCUUCGCUACUUCUGGUGUUAUGUACCCCUGUAUGGUCUGCUUGGCGCAUUGGCACUCAUGGCCUUUUUCAGGUUUCUGGAGAGUCACUGGUUUGUGUGGGUAACUCAGAUGAAUCAUCUGCCGAUGGAAAUCGACUAUGAGAAGCACCAGGACUGGUUAACCAUGCAGUUACAAACCACCUGUAAUAUUGAGCAGUCCUUCUUCAAUGACUGGUUCAGCGGACAUCUCAACUUUAAAAUUGAACAUCAUCUGUUUCCUACGAUGCCGCGGCACAACUACCACCGGGUAGCCCCCCAGGUCCGUGCCCUGUGUGAGAAACACAGGAUUCCGUACCAGACGAAAACUCUGUGGCAAGGCAUGACAGAUGUUGUCAGUUCACUGAAAAACUCGGGGGAGCUCUGGCUCGAUGCGUAUCUCCACAAGUGACCGGCGUGAUUCUGCGCACUUGAGGCUAAAGUUGUGCUUCUCUCCUCUUCCUCAUUAUAAAUUGAAUCUGUUUGGCGUUAUAAUCGAGUAAAGUCUGAGAAUGAUCUUUAGUUUUUGGUGUUAGAGUUAAAUCCCAGAUUUUGUGCAGCAUUU